UGCAGCCUUCUGAUUGUCUCCUCUGCUUUGUAGCAGGAGGAGGUGACUGAGCAAGCUGGUGGUCAGCUGGCGCCCUCCCACAACAAGCCUUGGCCUCCACCCCUGUCCCAGGGGCCAACCCUGCUCCUCUCCUCCAGGUCGCCAUGAUCGCCACAGGCGGCCUGCUGAGGAUUUCCGCCCGGAAGCAGGAUCCCCUCCGGCCCCCCAGCCAGGUCCCCAAGCGCAAGAGGAAAGCCAAGAGGAGACGCAAGAACGACGUGGUGGUGGUGAAGGGCAAACUGAAGCUGUGCUCCAUCUCCGGGCUCAUCGCACUCUGCGGGAUCCUCGUGCUGCUGGUGGGCAUCGCCAUGGCGGUGGUGGGCUACUGGCCCAAGGCUAACGGGGCCCACAGGGAGGGCGCCAAACAGCAGCCGCCCCCUGCGGGCAGCGGCCUGCGCGUCCAGACAGCGGCUAGUAACGGCAGCACCCCGUCCAGGGGUCACCCGGGGACCCCAGAGGGCGUCAACUCCAGUUCCACGGGUGUAUCCCAGAGCACCCCUCCGGCGCGCUCGGCCGCCUCUUCCUCCUCUUCCUCGUCCCCCGCCACGUCGGUGGGCUUCUUCUUCCGCAUCUUCUCGGGUUAUCUGCACUCGGACAAGCUCAAGGUCUUCGGGCCGCUCAUCAUGGGCAUCGGCAUCUUCCUCUUCAUCUGCGCCAACGCCGUGCUCCACGAAAACCGGGACAAGAAGACGAAGGUCAUCAACUUGCGGGACCUCUACUCCACCGUCAUCGACGUGCACAGCCUCCGCGCCAAAGACCUGGCGGCCGCCGCCGCCGCCUCCUCCUCGUCCUCGGCGCCGGCCUCGGCCACCCCCGGGGCGGCGCCGCUCAAUGGCUUCCUCAGCUACGUGCAGUCUCGGGGGCUGGAGCUGAAGCCUGGCAGCUGCGCGGGCUCCGGGGACGCCUUCGGGGCGGCCGCGCUGCUGGCCCGGGGCUCCUGGCCCCACCCUGGGGCGGUAGGAGGCGGCGGCAGCAGCGGAGCCCGGGCCACGGCGUCCCCCCCAGACCUAGACUCGUCCCCCGGCUGCCCUCGGGAGCCCCCGAGCCUGGCCGAGGCCGUCUACAGCAUCUACCGCGAGCGCUCCUGCUUGGCCAGCCGUCGCCGGACCGCGAUCGCCGCGGUGGCUGCGGCCUCCGCCACCCGCACCAAAGCCGCCAGCGGCAGCAGCAGCCCGGCGCCCGGCAGCCCGCCCGAGAGCUGGGGGCGCCAGAGCACCGCCAGCUCCCUGGUGGGCUCCUCGCUGAGCGCCUUGGCGCUGGCGCCCUUCCAGGGGGACCGCGACGGGGACGCGCAAGGGGCGAGCUGCAGCUGGCAUCGGCCGCCCGGGGAACGCGGAUCCCGGGAGAUCCCGCAGGGCGAGCUGGACCUGAGCUUGACCGAGCUCCGAGGCGCCGAGGGCGGCGCGCGCUGGGCGGCGGGCGAGCUGGAGGAGCCCGCGGAGAGCGCAGCGCCGGGGCGCACCGCCAGGGGGCAGGGCGGACGCCUGCCCAGGACCGGCGGGAAGGCGACCUGGCGGCGGCGCAGCACCAGCGGGCUCCCGGACUACCGAGCGCCGCCCUCGCCGGAGCCCCCACCCUCCUCCAGCCGGGCGGCCCGGGACUCCAGUCCUCCUCCGGACAAGGCCGCCGGCCCCGCGUCCCCCCUACGCUCGGAGGACUCGCCCCGCGCCCGGCGGGACUCGCGGAGCUCGCGGUCGGAGGAGCCGUCCUGCGGCCGCAAUAAGGGCUACACCCCGCUGCGGGAGGCCGACACCUCGGUGGAGUCGGUGGUGGAAGCCGGAGUCAGUACUAGACCGGACGGUGUGGCCACCCCCUCGUCCAGCCCCGAGCAGAGCCCCUCGGAGGGUCCCAGCCAAGAGUCACCCGAGGCCCAGCAACCUCAGGGCGGGCAGAGGCAGUUUACAAACAAGGAGAAACUCUUCCUGGUUUCCAGGUCUCCUGCCGAAGGGGUGGAAGACCGGGAACUGGAGAACAGCACUGGCGUGUAGGGGAAGGAGAGCGAAGAUGGCAGGAAACCAUUCCAGUCAGUCUCUGCCGACUGAUCUGAGGAAACCAUUCAAUAGCCAAAGAGCUGAAGAAUGUGAUGCUUGAAUUGUGCCCACAAGAUUCCUGUAGAUAACUCCAAGCAAAUUUUUUUUAAAGCAAACUAGUCUUUUUUUUUUAAUGUCCGAUGGUGAUUGUAUGUUCCAUGAAAACCAAUUGUAUUAAAAGGUCAGCAAAUCUAGUUCAUUAGAUCAAAUUCUCUUAAUUUUCU